CUUGUAAAUUUGUGGAUUAGCUGGAAUGGAUCGCUACAGAUAUUUCAUCUUCAACCAAAAGAGUAUGGUUGUGUUGGGCCUCUUACAGAUAACUUUUGCUACAAUUUGUAUCAUUAGUGGAUUAAUGGAUGGUGCUUUCAGAAGGGAAUCAGCACUGAGUAAAUCCAGGAUACCCCUCUGGGCUGGAAUGUUUAUGAGUGUUCCUGGAGUUAUGGCUAUAUUUUCCUCUCAGAAAAAGAAUCCAAUUCUGGUGAAUGCAAUGAUUAUUGCUUCUAUAUUUUCCUGCUUCACUACUUUACUUGUAAUUAUCUAUGCCUCUGUAACAUUAGAAUAUGGUGAAAAAUACAAAGGGAUCAGUGAUGUGUCCUCUAAUCAUCCAGUAAGAGUAUUUCUGCUUGAUAAAUUUGUAGAAGGAGCCAACAUCACAAUGCUUGUUGCAUCUAUUUUUAGUCUUUUUACUCUGCUGAUUAUUUUUUAUGUGAGCUGCCGAAGCCUUCCAUGUUGUUCAUGCUAUGACAGUGUUACUGGACUUGAAUGGCUACAGACUGAUGAAGACCAGCAACAAAUGGCUGAAUUAAUGUAUAUUUCACCUGGUCAAGCAGAUAGAGUACUUAACUCUCCAGUAAAAUUUCCAGAUCUAAAUGUGGAAGCAGAUGAUGAAAGAAGCAGAGCUCCACCAUACAUCCGACUCCAUUAAAUGUAUUUCAGAAUGCAUUUUAAGAGACC